CAAAAGGGAUCCGCGAUGCUGCUGCACCCAUCAGUGCAGAUGAUGUUGCUGCUGCUGCUGCAACAAGAGACUCGAGACGCGGCUGGGAUCACAAAUAGCGCCAGUGCGCAUGCGCCGUCCGCACCGUUUACUGUAUAAUCACAGUGUGGGGAAAAAGAGCAGGCAACAAAACUAAACCUUUUUUUUACGGCAAAGUGACAGCUACUAUGUAAAUAACCGCCAGGGAAACAAAGGGGGUAUAUCAACAGGGAUCUUUUUAGGUGUGAUGAGACAAAGGAACAAAGGAUGCCUUAGAAGCAAGGCAACAGCUACGAACAAGCUGCUGGGACCUGCUUCAAAGCAUACACAGCAGAUGGAUCUAUCGCUCCCCUCUCCAUCCAGAUCAUGAUACUUGGCUAAAGUUUUAAGCAUUCUCUAUGAUCCCUUCUCCAUCUAUGGCGAACUAUAGCCAUGCAGGGGACCACAACAACAUCUUGCAGAAUGUCUCUCCGCUCGCCACGUUCCUUAAAUUGACCUCCCUGGGCUUCAUCAUCGGUGUCGGCGUGGUUGGAAACCUCCUGAUCUCCAUACUGCUUGUCAAAGACAAGAGCCUCCAUCGAGCGCCCUACUACUUCCUGCUGGACCUCUGUGCUUCGGACAUCCUCCGCUCGGCCAUCUGCUUCCCGUUUGUGUUCACAUCUGUCAAAAAUGGCUCGGCCUGGACGUACGGGACGCUGACUUGCAAAGUGAUCGCCUUCCUGGGCGUGCUCUCCUGUUUCCACACUGCUUUCAUGCUGUUCUGUGUUAGCGUCACGCGAUACCUGGCGAUCGCCCACCAUCGCUUUUACACCAAGCGGCUGACAUUCUGGACCUGCCUGGCAGUCAUAUGCAUGGUAUGGACAUUGUCGGUCGCCAUGGCGUUUCCGCCAGUGCUGGACGUGGGCACCUACUCCUUCAUCCGCGAGGAGGACCAGUGCACGUUCCAGCACCGCUCAUUCCGUGCCAAUGACUCAUUGGGCUUCAUGCUGCUCCUUGCACUCAUCCUCCUGGCCACCCAGCUCGUCUACCUCAAGCUCAUAUUUUUCGUUCAUGACCGCCGUAAGAUGAAGCCUGUCCAGUUUGUGCCCGCCGUCAGCCAGAACUGGACCUUCCAUGGCCCGGGGGCGAGCGGCCAGGCAGCGGCGAACUGGCUGGCCGGGUUCGGUCGAGGCCCAACACCUCCUACCCUGCUGGGAAUCCGGCAGAACAGCAAUGCGGCGGGCCGCAGGCGUCUGCUGGUGCUGGACGAGUUUAAGACUGAAAAGAGGAUAAGCAGGAUGUUCUACAUCAUUACAUUCUUCUUCCUGAGCCUGUGGGGACCCUACCUGGUCGCCUGUUACUGGAGGGUCUUCGCCAGGGGCCCGGUGAUACCGGGAGGCUACCUGACGGCUGCUGUGUGGAUGAGCUUCGCUCAGGCAGGAGUCAACCCCUUCAUCUGCAUCUUCUCCAACAGGGAGCUCAGAAGAUGCUUCAGCACCACACUCCUCUACUGCAGAAAAUCCAGGUUACCUAGGGAACCCUACUGUGUUAUAUGAAGGCUCUGUGGGUUUUUUGAUGUGGUUUUUAUUUGGAUGCCCUGGUCAAUCGGGGAUGUGUUCUGUUGUACAGCUCUCUCUCUCUCUCCUUCUCCUCCUCUUCCUCUUCUUCUACCUUUUUGAGGCCUGUAGUUGAAUCGUCAGCUUAAACCGUGGAGCUUGAAUGGAAUAAAAUGAUACACGGACAGAGGACACCUGUGUUUAUGUUCUAGUAAACAACCAAUGCGAAAGGCCAUUUGAAACCCAAUAAGCAAAAAUAAAUAAAUAAAUAAAAAUCUACAAAAAAAUCUACAAAAAAAUAAAAAAAAAUGAAAGAAAAGAAAAAAUGGAUACAUCAAGAAGGAACUGAAAUUUGCUUUGGAUAUUUCAAAGACUCAAGGGUGUAAAGAAAAUGAAUAAACGCUUACCUUACCUAAAGGAAUCACUGGAAUUGUUUGGUGUGUUUAAAGUUGCACUAAAGAGAAGACAAGUUACACUGAAAGGAUGUCUUGUGUUUUCUCUAACUGAAAUACGAAUGCUUUAAAUUGCAA